UUGUUGGAUUUUUAAAUAUUAAACAUGGGGGUGAGACAAACCUGGGGCAGGAGAUUUGACUUUUUUCUUAGUAUCGCGGGUAUGACAAUUGGUCUUGGAAACAUAUGGAGAUUUCCUUACCUGUGUUACAAGAAUGGAGGAGGUGUAUUUCUGAUCCCAUACAUUUUAUCUGUGAUUGUGAUCGGUUUCCCUCUUUUUUUCCUGGAAGCUUCAUUUGGUCAAUAUGUUGGUCAGGGAAUGACCAAAGCUUGGUCAAUGAUUCCUGUGAUGAAAGGCAUUGGAAUUGCAAACCUUAUGAUCACCUGGUAUUCCAACAGUGUGUAUGGAGUAGUGCUUGCCUGGGCAUGCCAUUACUUCUUUUCUAGCUUCUCUUCUGUUCUUCCAUGGACCACCUGUAGUAAUACAUGGAACACUGACAACUGUGUAGAGUUGGUUCAAACAAGUGUCAAUUUGACGGCUCAAAAUGUUACAACUCUUGUUGAAUCUGGUUCUGAUGAUUUAGAACUUGUUCUGAAGAGUUCUGUUCCCUCUGCAAUUGAAUUUUGGGAACAUCAAGUUCUAGAAAAAUCAAGUGGCAUUGAUUUUUUGGGAGGAAUCAGGUGGCAAAUAUUCUUUUAUCUCGUUGGAAUUUGGGUUAUUGCUUAUGUUUGUAUAUUCAAAGGAAUAAAAUGGUCAACCAAGGUUGUGUAUGUCACGGCCACAUUACCAUUGGUCAUGCUUCUCGUUGUAUUAGUUCGUGGUGUAACACUGGAUGGUGCUGCAGAAGGAAUAAGAUUUUACUUAAGUCCAAAUAUGACGAGACUAGCUGAUGCACAGGUUUGGAUGGAUGCUGUAACACAAGUUUAUUACUCAUACGGUAUUGGUAGUGGUGCUUUAGUGACAUUGGCAAGUUAUAAUAAGUUCAACCACAAUGUUUACAGAGAUUCGAUCAUGGUCGCUUUGGUAAACAGUGGAACAAGUUUCAUAUCCGGAUUCGCUGUUUUUUCCACCCUUGGAUUCAUGGCAAAACAGCAGAACAUUACAAUGGAUGCUGUAGCAGAAUCAGGUCCAGGUCUUGUGUUUAUUGUAUACCCACAAGCUUUGGCCAUGAUUCCACAUUCUCAUUUCUGGAGUGCUCUCUUUUUUCUCAUGAUUAUAGUUCUUGGUUUUGACUGUUUGUUUGUAUUUCAAGAAUGUUUAGUUGUUUCUAUCAUGGAUGUCUUUCCAUGGUGGUACAAGAAAAAAUGGGGAAGGGAAAUCAUUCAAGGAAUUUUUGCUUUGCUUAUUGUUGCUAUGGCAACUACAAUGGUGACAAAGGGUGGUAUUUAUGUUUUUGUUCUCAUGGUUGACUAUGCCAGUGGUGGGUGGUGUCUGUUUUUUAUCGGUACAUGCGAAUUUAUUGGCCUUGCAUGGGUAUAUGGAGCAGAUAAGUAUUACGAACAUGUCACUGACAUGCUGAGCAACUUCAAAGCUCCUUGGAUCAAAUAUUGUUGGAAGUUUUUUGGCCCUGGUGCUUCUAUGAGUAUCCUUAUAUACUGGUUGACACUGUAUAAACCUCUGACGUACAAGUCAUACACAUACCCACUGUGGGCACAAGUGCUUGGUUGGUGUCUUGGAUUAAGUUCAUGUUUAUGGAUUCCUUUCAUUGGAAUACUUAGAUUUGUUCAAUCAAAUGGCAGCUUAAGUCAGAGAUGCACAUGGACUUUGGCUUCUAAAUUGAACAGACAACCAGAAGAUUCAAAGCUUUGUGUUAUAAAACUAUCAGUUCAUGAUAAAAUAGCAGAAGAAAAAAUGACUGAACAAUUAUAGUACUGUGAAAUUAGUUGGUAAAUGAUUUGAAAUGUAAAUCGAGAAAAUAAAUUUGUGCGACCUUAUUCUGUUUUGUGUCAUGUGUUGUAUUGUUUUGGAGAAUUGUUCAGUGUAAACUCGAUACUCUUGGAUAACAAGAGUUUAUCAGAACUUUAAUGGCAUCAUAAUGAAUAUUCAACCAUAUUCGUCAUUCGUUUACAAACACUUAUCGUCAAAACAGGCAUAAAAGUGGUUUGAAUCACAUAUUUGCCCAGCAAACACAAUAGUAACCGGGUGAUUCCCCUUUUAUUUUACCAUUGAAAACUUUAAACCGUUCCGCAUUUGAAACGAACAAGAUUACAAGACUAAUAUAGAAUGAACGAAAUUCUUAACAUUCUUAAGUAAUUUAUCAUUGUAGGAAUGUAAUUUAAAGCCAUACCUCCGCGUUGGUGGUAUAAUGCCCUUCUCUUUUCGGUGCGCCGUCUGGAAUGUUCUUCUUUGUUCUCUGGUCACAUGGCGACUUGCGCCAUCGCACUUUACCGAUAGGGGAAAACCUUAAAUUGUUCGCCGGGACAGAAAGUAUGUUUUAAACCAGGUGUUUACUGGUAUAUGAGUCACAUCUACACUGAGUUAUAUAGCAGACGCAAUAUUCAAAAUGAACGGAAAAUUUGUUUUAGUCUUAUUCUUCUUACUGGAAAUAUGGUGUACUGCAGAAUCGACACCAAUCGGUAAACACGGCGGUUCAAGCGAGAAUAAACCGGUUUCCAGCGAGGCACGAGAACGGAACAACGAUCGCAAGACAGCAAGAAUCAGGGCCCAAGUCAGUAGGGCGAUUGGAGAAAUGAAAGCAAAUGAAUAUCGGUGCCCGAUAGGCCAAUACUGGGCGACCACUGGUAGCUGCGAAGACUGCGUCGAACUAUGUACAGUUUACAAUCAAAAGAUGUGUGAAAUAGAAUGCCCAGUGACAUACGUUGAAUACGUUUCUGGAUUGAAUAAGAUGAAGGAGGAUAUCACAGCUUCAAAAUUAUACGACAAAGUCAGCGUUAAACACGACAAUGCUCUUAUCAUAUCAGGGGCAUGCAUGAGCACACUGAUUCUCGCAACUGUCAUUCUGGUUGUGUUGGCAUUUGUGAAGCUGCGUACCUUGCACAAGCAAACGCAGGCCCUACUGAAUGAAAAUGAAUCCCUAAAUGAAAAACUAUUCAAACUUAACAGUAAAGUAGAAUUACUGUCUCCGCCAAACUACAGCUCGAAUACAAACACAUUGCGUUCAGAUAGCACAGGAAUGCAGGGAAGUCUUCCAGAUAAGGGCAAAAACAACGAGUCAGAACAACACCCAUUAAUUCGAACUGUCCCGACGUUCAACGCCGUUCCCCCGGAAGAAGGUUGCGAACACUACACCCCGGGCGUCGGAUCGCACUCGGCGGGGAUUUCGGCAUCGAAGUUCCGCCGAAAUGGAAGCAUGGGGACGGUGUACCAGGACGUACAGGAAAAUCGUGUUAACACCAAGCCAAGCCCAGUUUAAACGGAUUUGGUUUCUUGGAUCGACUAAGCAUAAGACUUGAACAAAAGUUAACAAGGUGGACAACACUUUUGCAGAACAAAAAUACUACAAGAACAACUAUAAGUUUCCUUUCAUGUUGUUUUCUUUUCCUGUAAAACCAUAUUUAAAUAAAUGUGUCGCCAUCUUUUGAAA